AUGAGCAUUGGUACAAGAUGGGGCUUUCGCCGGCGACCUGUCUCUCAGUUGUUUUAUGACUUCGGCAUACACUGUGCGACACAUCAGAUCCGUGUUAUUCUGAUAUGCGGAUUUGUGAUUACUUCGCUUUUCUAUCCUGCACUGGCCAUAUACUUUUCGCAUCAGCCGCUUUCUCACUUUAGCACACGCAUCCUCGACUCACUGUUCCUGCCUUCGGCCAACGAUGCGUUCCAUCACAACGACCUCCAUGACUUUUGGCAAGGCUAUGACGCCCUCAAGAUUCGCACAGACGCUGCUGCAAGAGCUCGCUGUGGUACCGAACACACCGUACGCGUCGAUCGCUUGUUUAUCCCCUCCACUAUCCCCGACCCCUUUGGAGCACUUAAUCUUCAGACAUUGCUCCCUACUCUCAAUCUCCUAACCACUCUCGAAAACCAUCUGACACCAGAGCUCCCAUGCGUUCGUCUGCUUGAAAACACUUCCCCAGCGACGCCUCCUUCCCACAAGUGUCUUGUCAUUAGUCCUACAGCCCAUUGGAGCGAUGAUGCAAACAUCAUUGCCACUGACCCUCAUCUAUACACAUCUCUCAACAAGGCGCAUCGCAACGUAUCCCGCGGUGGAAUCCCUCUAACGGCUGAAAUGGCGCUCGCUGGGAGGCUUACUACCGACCAUGCUGGGUACGGCUCUAUCAUCGAGUCUAGCAAGUUCCUUUCCGUGUCGUUUUUCUUUCGAGAAGAUGAUUGUCAUGCGAACGUUGGUCAUGAUGCAUGGAGAAAGCUCGUCGAAUCAUCCGUGCCAGAUGGGGCUGAAGUCGUUCCUUCAGGCGACCAACCGAAGCUUCUUGCGCUUGAGUUUGCGGCGUUACCCAAGAGUUACUCUCCUUGGGUCUCUGUCGGACUCUACGUAGUCUACAUAAUCAUAUUCAUACAGCUUUCCGGUUCGAUGCGUCGUAUGGACUCGGUUCAUUCUCGCUUUGGAUUGACAUUUACUGGUAUGGUCGAAAUCCUCGCCUCUACUAUCACCAGUGUGAGCGUUUGUGCUAUCGCUGGAUUCCGAGUCACCAUGGUUCCAUGGAGUAUUCUGCCAAUAGUCAUUGUUAUUGUAGGCGCGGAGAACAUGUUUGUAUUGAUGGAGGCUGUCCUGGCCACAUCUAUCUCUCUCCCUAUUCGACGACGGAUAGCGGAAGGGCUGCAAAAGGCUGGAGUCAGCAUUACUCUCAAGCUCAUUACCUACAACGCCGUCCUGGGAACCAUUGCCUAUUUUUCAUCAGGAGCCAUUCGCCAAUUCUGUGUCUUUGUGAUUGUUGUACUUGUCGCCCACUGGUUCUUGAUACACACAUUCUUCUUGGCCGUCUUGAGUAUAGACUUGCAGCGCUUAGAGCUUAGUGACGUACUACGACAAGGUUCUUCGUCACCUCGCAGUGCUUCGAAUGCACCAGAUCAUCGCCGUUCUAGGACGAGGUUCGGAAUUAGGCAGAUUUUCAAGACCAAGGCGGCAAGAAAUGUUAGCCUCAUGCUGGUAUUGGCGAUCACUGGCGGACUAUAUUAUUAUUCCGGGCCGCUUGCUUCAUCGCGAGUGGUGGAGAGCUCGAACAACGCUUUGAGACCGAGAGACAAACCAUACACCAUCUCACCCCAACCCAAUCCGUAUCAACACCCCACACAGCGCCAUACCACCCUAGCUCACAUGUCCCCCACGAGCCGACCACUCCGCACUCCCGUCGACAUCCGUGAUAAUCUGGCGCACUCUCAACCCGCCCAACGAUCCCCUCGUCCACAUCCGGAUCGAGCCCCCUGUUCUUGUGUUGUUCCCCCAGCCGCAGAUGCGCGCGAGAGCCAAGCCAAGCCCAUGGGCUGGAGCUACCGCAUGCGCCGUUUGCGCCCUGUACUUUGGACCCUCAAGGUGCUGAUCCUACCUAUCGCUGCGACUCUGGCCGGGCUAUACGGAAUUUUGCUGCAUCUGUUGCGAAACGCUGAGCUUCGAGCCGCACAGCGUGACCGCAUCGAUUCGUUGAUCGAAGGGGACGCAGAGGAACACGAGCGAGAGAGGGAGCGGGAGCGGGAGAGGGAAGAGCAAGAAAAGAAGAUUGCUGGGACUUUUACUACUUUGCCUCGGGGAUCCAAGUCCGACCUGGGGAAGAUACAGGCCAGCCGAGACGGAAAGGUUGUUGCAGCCGUGAGCGUGGAGGGUGUUGUCUUGAUAUGGUCAGACGCAACAAAGGCGGGGAUUAGUAGACCGGCUAGCCCCGGGAGGAUGGGCCAGGUAAAUGGUCCAGGGAGCAACGGGAGCAAGUCCGCUCGCUCUCCGCCGAUUGUUAUUCCCGUCCCUGUCGCUGGAAUGCGCGCAACCUCGCUUGCCAUCGAUUCCAAAGGAAGAAGGCUGGCUGUAGCCGGUGGCGGAGUGAUUCAGAUUUGGGACAUUAGCCAAGGCGCUCCGGUUCUAGGUAGACGGUUGCUUCAGAGCACAGGCGACACUGUUCGGGAAUUGAAGUUCCUCAAGAGCAAGCAAAGCGAGCAUUUUGGUGCAUUCCCCUCGUCUUUCACUUCGACGCAGCCGUCGCCCAAACACACUCUACUCGCUGCCUAUGAAGACGGAACUGUGUUGGAAUGGGAUUGCGAUAGCGGAGUUGUACUCGCACGAAUUGUCCCUCGGUACCCGCAGUCCCGAGCCUCGCUUUUCGUCCGGGAGACGUUUGUGGCGAUUGCGUUCUCUAAUCCAGAUGGGCAUAUUGAUGUUUAUCGCCGUCAUCUAGACAACGACCGGGUGGCGUCCUACACUCCCGUAAUGUCUCCAAAAGUAUCGGGCGUUGUUGCAAUCGACGUGCACGAAUGGUCGUUGGGGAUUUUGCUUGCAACUCUUACUAGUACUGGUCAUGCAGCCGUCUGGGGCACAAACAUCGCACCGAUCGUCGAGAUGGACGUCUCUUUAACUCUCCACAACGAGGAUUCGUCGGUCCCGGAAGCCUCGCCCAACGGCGGUCGCAUCGUCUUGCUACCCGCACCGCCUGCGCCGCCUCCCUGCCGACAAUGCGGCCUGCCUCCCCCUUGUACUUUCACAGUUGCCUUUGCGCUUCCUUCGGCCUUGAAUUCACCGGCAAACCAUAAUCCUACCGUCUACAUCCGUCGUGCGUCGGUCCUGUACCAGCCCGGUCGAUGCUCCUGUCAGCCAAUAUCCAUCGCAUCCACGCUCGCCGGUCCUCGUGUUAUCUCUUUUGGGUUCCCAUCCGGGGUACGGGUGGUCAGUGGGUUAGGAAUCGGGGGUGUCAACGGAGGGACCGCGGUCAAUGAAUUCCCCGUAUCUAUCCAUGGCCUUCGGAGAGCGAGUUCGAGUUACGGCCGUCAUAGUUUCGAAAGCUCGUCCAGCACCGGAACCGAGGACUUGACUCCGGAUGCAUCCAAAGACUACUCUGGGUUCCUGGCACCUCCCGCAACGAACGGUGCCUCCACCGAGAAUGGGCACAAUCAUAGCCCGAAGCAUGUAGUGGGGAGUGAUGUCAGAUGGGAGCAACAUACAAUUGAAGAGUCUUGUGAAAAUGGACAAUGGGAGAUUGUUGGCACUCGUGUGGUGGGGAUUCGGCGUAAAUCUAGGGCACAUAAGCCAGGUAGCGAAAGUGGCGUCUCCGGUUCGUCAAUCAUUGCAACCAAGCACGAGAACUUGCCAAAUUCAGUGUUGGAGCGAUGGGAGGUAUGGCAGGUGGAUACUGCCACAACAGAGUUGCCCCGAGGGACGUCGACUUUAUCCAGACUUUGUGAAGGCCACGAAGCCACUCCUGCUCGGACUAGCCGUCAAUCAGGCGAAUCCCCCGACUCUCGGCACUCGCCCCAUAUAUCGCGCAUCUUACGACUAGGGCGAGCCGCCGAGGCUCAACUGCCAUCUUCCCCGCUGUUAUCCGGGGGUCACUCGUCGAUUGACCCACGCGACCUCUCUUACCCUCGCUUACCUUUCACCCGGAUAUACUCCACAAACGCAUCGUACGAUAGGCUGUUUACUGCACUCGGGAAUACUAUUGGGGUGCUACGGCUCGAUCAUCCUACGUCCAGUGGCCGAUGA